GAAACACCCACAGUCCCUUGAAAAUGUAAACGUGGAAGAAAAUUCAGUGCUUCUGUCGAGCAAAUUAAUUCAGAGGAGGACAAAAACAUUUGCCAUUAUUCAAGUCCAUAAAGGACUAUGGAAUCUGCUUUACAACUACUUUAUAAAACUCUAGAUGACCUGGAAAAAGAUGAUCUGAAGAGAUUUAGGAGUCUCUUAAAAGAAGAUGGGCACAUUGGAGCUGGUAAACUGGAGAAUGCUGGUGUCACUGACAUAGUGAAUAAGAAGGUGGAGUGUUAUGGACCAGAAGAAGCUGUAAAGAUCACACUGAAGAUCCUGAAAAAGAUGAACCAGAACCAGCUGGCUAAAGAGUUACAGGAGAAACACGAAGAAUUGCAAAAAUCAUUUGAUGCAUCUAAGAAACACACCAGAGAAAAAGUUGAUUUCUGGCUGCAGGAAUUCUUGAAAACUCACAAAAUGAAAAUGAAGGAGAAAGUGGAAGACAUAUUUGAGGGUAAAGAGGCAAAGGAAGAACAUCUGAAGAAUGUUUUCACAGAACUCUUCAUUACAGAAGGGGAUAUUAAAGAAGUCAAUCAUGAACAUGAGGUUGUGCAGAUUGAUAAUGCCAUUAAAACCUGUAAAUCACAGAACAGGUCAAUCAAAUGCAAUGAUGUAUUUAGUCUGAAUAAAAAUAAGAAAAAGAUUGUGCUGACCAAAGGCAUCGCUGGCAUUGGAAAAACUGUCUCAGUGCACAAGUUCAUUCUGGACUGGGCAGAAGGAAAAGCCAAUGACAAUAUUGACUGUGUGUUUCUGCUUCCGUUCCGAAAAAUGAACUGUAUUAAAAACAGAGAGAUCAGUCUGCAUGAGUUUCUGCAGAAGUUUAAUCCUGAAAUUCAGGACCUGGAAACAACAAAGAUAAAUAAGGUUUAUAAAUGUACGCUUGCAUUUAUCUUUGAUGGACUAGAUGAGAGUCGACUGACUCUGGAUUUUGACAGUGGAAUGGUGACGAGUGUUGAGGAGCGAUCAUCUUUAGAUUAACUAUUUGCAAGUCUGGUGAAUGGGACUCUGCUUCCAUCAGCGCUCGUCUGGGUGACCUCACGACCAGCAGCAGCCAAUCAGAUCCCUCCUGAAUAUGUCGGGUUGUUCACAGAGGUGCGAGGAUUCACUGACCAGCA